UGCACUUGCUUAAAGUUCAGAGUGUACUGUCCUCAGACUCGAACGAUGAAAGGCAAUGUUUCUUGUCUAAACAAAUUAGAACAAUCAUUUUGCCGUGACACUUCACUAAUAAAAUGUCCUUUUGGAUACCACGUGAGGGUCCUUAAGAUAUUUUUUUCCUUUCCAGAACGUAGUGGGGGAAAAUGUUUGUCCUCUUCCAGAGAAUGUAGGUGUUUGCACAUUAUGUAGAGAUGUCCACAUGAAUGUAUUAGUAUGUCUCUGGUAACAAGAGGAUAAGGAGGUUUAUCAAGCCCUCAGGGUUAUUUUUCCAGUGCAGGUUAGCUGCAUUAGCAAGAACACCGAGUGUUCGAUGCUGAGGCCUAGUGGUUUGGUUAUCCUCCCUGGGUUCCACAUUCACUGUCCGUGUGGACAUUUUGCAAGUGCAUGCCAAGUGACCCCAAGAGAGCAGGAAGAAGGUGGGUCAGUAGUAGCGCAUGUAUUAGUAGUGGAGAUUUCCCUUCUCUCCAGGAAACUCCAGCCCUUAGCUGCUGCUUGCUUUUCCCCACACGUGUCCAGAUAUCAACUCCUCAUUUUUCGGGCCCUUGGAAACACGGCUUACUUCUCCGAAGGUCCUUUAUCUUACUUUCCUUAUUUUUACCUUCUGUUAGUACUUCUCUCUCAUUUCUCUCUUCUCUUAGUGAUUGUAAAUGCUUGGGCAUUGUUCCAGUAAAAGCAACAAGCUUUUCAUCCUCAUAAAAUUAUUUGGCCUAAAUCAUGUUUUAUAUUUUAGAACAUGAAUCAAGAAGGAUGGAUUGUGGAGACAAUAUCAAACCCGACUGAUGUGGCUCUGGGAAGCAACUCCAGGGCUGUUGAUGGGAAGUUACAGAGCUGAAAAUUUCAAGUUCAGCCCGAGGGAGGAUUUUUUGACAGAGUAGUGUUAAUCACACCCGAAGUGUCCAUACAAGUCUGGAUGACCACAUUGGGGACAUUGCAGAAUGGUCGGUGGCUGAGCUCGUAUAGAUCUUGCAAAGUCUUGCAUAUUUCAUAAACCCGAGUUGAGCCCUAAUUAAGCUGCUUAUUAACCACAGGCUUCAAGAAACAUAUAUACUCUUUAUAAGUCUUGGGUUUCUCAUAAAAAGAGGGUUGGUGUGAAGAAUAUAUGAAUGCAUAAAAAAAUCUUCACAGUGCCUGACUCAUAAUAAAAGUACUCAGUCAUUGUUAGGGAGGCAGGCUCUGGAGACAGACUGUGUGGAUUUCAGUCCUGGCUUUGCCAUUUUACUGUGUGCCCCCAGGCAGUUUGCUUCUCUGUGCCUAGUUUUCUCAUUUUUAAGAUAGUAAUAAUAGUAGAACCUACCUCAGAGACUUUUUAGCAAAUAAAGAAGGUACUUGACAUGUCACUACCAUGACAUCUCUCCUAGACAUGCAGUAGGAUUAUCCUUCCCCAUCCCCUAGAAGUUAGAUGGGGCCUGUGUAAUGAGUGGAGGAAGCCACAGGUGGGUCUCCUACGGGACAAGUCUUUAUUUAGGAGUCGGUGGCCCACUCACUGGCAGCGUUCCAGGCAGUAGAAGCUCCAGUGUGGCCUGGGUCCCUCGGCUGACUCAUGGCACACUUUUUAGCAUGAGCAAGAAAUAAACCUUUCUUUUAAAGGCCCUCAGAUUUUGACGUCGAUACCACGGCAAAGCCUAGCACAUUCUGACUGGCAUACCAUAGGAACAGCCUUGACUCUAGACCUGAAGUAGAGGUCAGCUAAAAUUAUUAAUAGUAAAAAAUGUUCGUGAUAUUGACUUGGAUUCCUAGGCUGCAAAGACUUUGUAAAAUCCUUUAGAUAUUGAAUGUGCAGAUCCUGUGGGCCUGUGUGUAUGUAACCCUGCACUCACGUGUGUUCUGAAAUACCUGUUGUCUUGGAAGUAACAGCCUAUUUGAAAGACCUGACCCUUUUCUUAACAAUGUCUGAGCUCAAACAGCCUUUCUUUAAGCAGAGGCUCAUUGUAUCCGGUCUUGGGACUAAGCAGGCAUUUGUCACCUGUCACACAUUCUGGCCACUCCACGGACCCCAGAGCCUCAGAGAACUCCUGCCUCAGUCCUCAUCCUUCGGGGGCCCACAGGAGGCCCCCAUUCUCCUUUGCAGUUCUGUUUCAUGGGGGUUUGGGUCGUGUAUCUCUGCAUUGGGUAGCCUUCCCUCCUUGUUCAUUUCCCCGUGGAGCUUUCGGGGGUAAAUAACAAAGUGUGCUGGGAGGCAGCUGCCUUUCGCAGGCUGAACAGCGUGUUCCGCACGGCACCGGCGAGGGCUUGCCCGCGCCCUGGCGAGUAAGGUGAGCCACCGUGGGGUGCUGUGCUGGAGGCUUGGUUCCUUGCAGAGAUGAGUCAGGGUCCAAGUAUGACGUCUGUCCAGGACUGAGGCUUUUCCUCAGCCUUUGUUCCAGAACAUUGAGGUGACAGUGGAAACGUCUCUGCUGCCGGAAGGAAAACGCAAUUAGGAGUGGCAUUUCGCUAGGGUGCUGGUGGUCUGCCUUUCAUGGAAGGUAAUAACAGCCAAGUAAUUCCGGGAGAACUAAAAGAGGCUAGCAGUUAUUUUUAAAAGCAAGAUCUUUUCUGCCAAAACAGCCACCCAUUUCAUUUUUAAAAAAUUGGAAAUUGGAAAAUACAAAAGAAUGAUUCCUCACAACCCCAGGGUGCAGAGGUAAGCAGUGUUGACAUUUUGGAGCUUGUUUUCCUUUCAUUCUUUACAUACAUUUUAAAAUGAAGUUGAAUUUAGGUACAUUUUAAAACAAAACUGGGAUGGUAACGCUAACAAACAUUUGUUGAAACCAUUCUGUGUGCCAGGAGGUCUUUAAGCAUUUUGCCUGCAUUAUCUCAUGUAUUCCUCACAAUGACUCUUUUGAAGAAUCAUUAUCUCCAUUUUCAGGAAAGGAAACUGCGGCACAGAGGGGCUAAGUCAUUUUUCCAGGGUCACACAGCUUAUAAGAGUGGUGCCAAGAUGGAAAUGAAAGCAGUCUGUCUCCAGAGCCCUCGGUCUUGGCUGGUGCUCAGUACUGGCUCACAGUAGCAAUAGCUUGGAUUGCCUUUGUUGGAAUUGUGCAGUAUUUGGAAUUGUCUGGUUCUAGCUCCUUGUACCAUAGAUUAGGAAAUGGAAGCCCACAGAUGUGACUCAGUUUACCCAAGAACACAUAGCUAGUAAACGUCAGUGCCAAAUUGGAGCACAGUUGCCUGACCCACGCUCAGCAUGCACGUUGACUCCAGGUGAUCCAUGAACCUUUGUCUUCCUCCCCACGUCCUGACCCUGAAACCAGGCUGCGCUGUACGGUGUACUGUGUAGGGACAGAGCCAAGUUCAGAUUAAACGAAGGAUGGGCGAGCCUGGCAGCUUGCUUUCUAGCACAUACACGUAAUUUCAGUUUGUGUUCGGGGGAAUUUACGGGCAUCUAACAAUGAUAUGUACAGCUGGCUCAAUUUUCAUGCCGUGCUGGGGCUGUAAAAGGGUGAAAGGUACAGCCUAGCAAUAUAGUUCCAACUUUUUACCCUCAUCAAACAUUUGCAACUGAGAUCUGCUGACAAGCAGUAAGAUUGAUUAAUCGGGGCUUUAAAUGCUGUCACUUCCCCCAACCUGGACUGUUGAGGACACGCCAGGCAUUGUUAUAACUAAAGUGAGUCAAAAGUCAGUCUGUGCGUAAACACCCCUGGGGGCCCGGGGCCGUCCUGCACCAGCAGGCUGGGGGAGAGAGCGAGGCUUGCUGCAUUGAGACUAGAGUGAGAUGACCGGUUGAGAAUCAAAGCAAGAAGAACAGGUGCUGACUUGUUGCUCAGCUUGGUAAGGUAGAACGUCAUGACAUGAAUACCCUAAGCCUGCCCCUGAACAUACGCCGCGGGGGGUCAGACACCAACCUCAACUUCGAUGUCCCAGAUGGCAUUUUGGACUUCCACAAGGUCAAACUCAGCGCAGACAGCCUGAAACAAAAAAUUCUAAAGGUAACAGAGCAGAUAAAAAUCGAGCAAACAUCCCGCGACGGGAACGUGGCGGAAUAUCUGAAACUGGUCAACAGCGCAGACAAGCAGCAGGCCGGGCGCAUCAAGCAAGUCUUCGAGAAGAAGAAUCAGAAGUCGGCCCACUCCAUUGCCCAGCUGCAGAAGAAGUUAGAGCAGUAUCAUAGAAAGCUCAGAGAGAUCGAGCAGAAUGGAGCCCCCAGAAGCUCCAAGGACAUUUCCAAAGACCACCUGAAGGACAUACAGCGCUCUCUGAAGGAUGCCCACGUGAAAUCGCGAACUGCCCCGCACAGCAUGGAGAGCAGCAAGUCGGCCAUGCCAGGGGUCUCCCUCACUCCCCCCGUGUUUGUGUUCAGUAAGUCCCGAGAGUUUGCCAACCUGAUCCGGAACAAGUUUGGCAGCGCCGACAACAUAGCUCACUUGAAAAACUCCCUAGAGGAGUUCAGGCCCGAGGCGAGCGCCAGGGGGUACGGGGGCAGCGCCACCACCGUGAACAAACCCAGGUACGGCAGCGACGACGAGUGCUCCAGCGGCACGUCGGGCUCGGCCGACAGCAACGGGAACCAGUCCUUCGGGGCCGGGGCCGCCGGCUCGCUGGACAGCCAGGGGAAGCUCGCCGUGAUCCUGGAAGAGCUAAGGGAGAUCAAAGACACCCAAGCACAGCUGGCCGAGGACAUCGAGGCGCUGAAGGUGCAGUUUAAGCGAGAGUACGGUUUUAUUUCCCAGACCCUGCAGGAGGAGAGAUACAGGUACGAGCGCCUGGAAGACCAGCUGCACGACCUGACCGACCUGCACCAGCACGAGACGGCCAACCUGAAGCAGGAGCUGGCCAGCAUCGAGGAGAAGGUGGCCUACCAGGCCCACGAGCGGGCGCGGGACAUCCAGGAGGCCCUGGAGUCGUGCCAGACGCGCAUCGCCAAGCUGGAGCUCCACCAGCAGGAGCAGCAGGUCCUGCAGACGGACGCCGUGAGCGCCAAGGUCCUCCUGGGGAAGUGCAUCAACGUGGUCCUGGCCUUCAUGACCGUCAUCCUGGUGUGCGUGUCCACCAUCGCGAAGUUCGUCUCGCCCAUGAUGAAGAGCCGCUUCCACAUCCUGGGCACCUUCUUUGCCGUGACUCUGCUCGCCAUAUUUUGCAAAAACUGGGACCACAUCCUGUGUGCCAUAGAAAGGAUAAUAAUACCGAGAUGAAGCCGCUGGUUCCUGCCUUCACAUCCUUUCACGUUUUUAUGUUAAAGAAAACUCUGUGCAUACUACCAAAUUUUAAAAUGAGCGGUUGUGCCGACUGACGCGUGCAAGAAUACCUGGGGCUGUGUGGUGUAAAUAUCUACGGUUUCCUCACUCGGCAGCAGGCGGCAGCUCCGUCCCUGCACUUGGUCAAUGUGAAUCUGUUCCAGAGCUCUCUCGCCUUGCUCACUGCCUUAAUCAGACUAGAUUUCCUGCCCACCUGGUUAGCCCAGCAUGGUGAACCCGUGUUUAUUGAGCCCUGGGCUUAAUUGGUAGCCCACAAGAAAAGAGGUCUCCCUCUCUUAAGUCACUGUCAGAAUUGAGCAGCACUGUCGCUGGCGGUUGUGUUUUCCCUGAGUCCCGUGAACAGCACAGGGCAUGUGUGAUCUGGGGAAGUGAACAACACGGCCAUGGCAUUGGCCGUGUUGAACGCUAGUGGCCUACUGAAGUGCAAUAAAUCCCUGUGUGAUCCCCCCUGCUUGUCCACUGAUGACCAUAGGCCCCAUUUCGUACCCAGCGUCCACAGUGGUCAAUUACGUGUGACCCUGUAGCAUGAAAAUCUUUUAAAUUUCUUUUUAUAGAGAUGGGAUCUCGCUGUGUUGCCCAAGCUGGUCUCGAACUCCUGGGCUCAAGCGGUCCUCCCACCUCGGCCUUUGGAGUAGCUGGGACUACACGCGUACACCACCAUAGCCAGCUGUCAUGGAAAUCUUUUAACACACCUGUUUAUCCAACAAAAAUCUGCGUUUGGGGUUUCGUUGCACUUUAAACGGUAAAACACAAGAAUUUGUGAAUGGGGCCUUCCCCUUCUAAUCCCCAGGGAACCACACGCUGACUUCAUCUUAACUGGCUAGCAACUGCCCUGCCUUGAAAGCAUGCAGGAGUGUUUCCAAAUCCCUCACAAACUGUGGCUUUCUCAUUAAUUUGAGUCCUGUGAGCACUAUGGAGCUUUGUGUUUUGGCAAAUCUUAAUUGUGAUAAACCCCCUUCGAGGAUGUGAUUCACUUUUUGUGAUUCAUUUUAGUCACAGAUUUGUGAGGGAUUGCAGAGCUUACUCAGGAAAUGAAAACAAAUGCUCAUGCUACAGGUUUGGUUUUUUUUUUUUUUUCCUUGAAGGACACAGAGUCUUAGUUUAUAAAGCCGAAGUGCACUGAGGAGCGGGAGCGCUGGAAGCGUGAGGAAAACGAGACGUUGGUCUCGUUGGAUGCUGGCUAGAUUAGUGGGAGCAGUUCUCCUGGAUGAAGAUGGAGAGGGGCCUCUUACGGCCGUGAAAGGCCGGCAGGAAUAAAUUGAAUCCAGUGUUUGAGCCAAGGUUGCCAUCCGUCUCUCUCAGCAUAUUUCUGAAAGUAAGUCCUGAGGUAGUGGGGUGGCCGCCCCGUGCUUCUGAGCUGGCGGCAUAAGAAGCUAACGUGCCUGUUCGGGGGACACUGCUCUCUGUCUUCAGCCCAGCCCAGCCCAGCUUCCUUUAGCUCUGUUUUUCCGCGUACAUAACAAAAAGGAAGGCGUAGAUGGUUCUGGUGGAAACGGCUGCCGAGGCCGCCUCCCACCACCUCCACCCUUCACUGAGCGCGCGAAGAGGCGAGCCGGUGUACGUUUCCUUCCAGAAGACAUCCAAUAUCCCGGAUUUAAAUUAAGUGCAAUAUUUUGCAAACAGCUCUUCCUAGGGAAAUCUCCUGAAAAUAAAUGUGACGGAACGAGCCGCAGUUUGAGAGAAUGGACUAGUGGAGCAUUUAGUCCAAGUCCGGCGUGCGGGAGACCCGCCCGGCUCCAGCUCUCCAGGCGUGCGGUUCAGUGGUUUCAGUACGUUCACAGACUGGUUCAGCUGUCGCCACUAUUUCCAGGCCCAGGCUUCUUAAAACAAUAAAUGUCAUUCAUUUCAGGAAGUCUUUGGUUGUAUAACCAGAGUAUUUUUGAUUGGGGGGGGAGUUACUCGUCCCACCCCGCGGUGUCCCCUUUUCGUUGUCGGGCUCUUCCAGGGUCUCCCGAGCUGGAAUGUACCCGCUGGUCAAGCUGGGUCCUGGGUGGGCUCUCUUUAGAGCGGAUCUUUGUGCAUGCCAGGGUCGGGGUGGGUGUAGACGCUGCUGUUGGUUUAGAGAACCAGCGGGAUUGCUAGCCUGUGAGGUGAAGGGCUCUGGGAAAAUCCAGACUCGGGCCCCAUUCUCCUGCCACCGCUCACUGCUACAACACUCAGCCGUGCCCUGCGGGUUUGCUCUGACUGGCGCCUCUCAGACCCGUGAUCGCUGUGUCUUCUCCCCGGUGAGAGAGAAGGAAAUGGAAAGCAGCACGUUCCCCCACCUCCAGGCUGGAGCUGUUAACAGAAGCUCCUAGAAACUGGCUCUGUUCUGAAGUAUUGUAGGGUCUAAAUCAUCCUAUCUGAUUACGAAUUUCUUUUAAAGAAUUCAUAUUCUCAUUGCCUCUCAAUAAAUGUCAGAUACCCUUGUUUUUAUUGGGAUGUGCUCAACCUGCCUGGCAUAUUUAUUUUAGAAUGUUACUGGAAGUUCAUGAAGCUUUUUACUUUUUAACAAGAUGAUACACUCCAAGGAGACCUUUAUUCUCUGCAGUUUAUUCUGUUAAGGAAUAAACCCUCCCACUGCUUUGUGGUCUUCGAUGUGUAAGGAGAUUAAAUGAAAUUUUAUAACUAUUACAAUGAAAAAUUGUGAUAUAGCUAUGACAUAUCCUGAAAUUGGACAUGUAAUUUACAUUUACAUUAAUCUCUUUUCUGCACCUUUCAUUCGUAGUAAACAUCUUGUGCAUACCUAACAGUGAACACUAGUAGUUAGAUGGUUAAACGCACCUGGUUACCCAGUGAACAUUAUUGAGUGAUUUAAGAUGCUGGUCUUUGGAUUCUAGCAUUGUAUUUUUUUGUGUGUGACAUAUUUUCAUGAUCACCAGGAUAAUGAUAGUUUGUUGAGCAAAAACAAAAACGCUAAAUACUCUCCGGUGGGUUUUGAAUUGGUUAUUUCAGCUCAUACUUUGAGUAUGGUUAAGCCAGAAUAACACCCUCAUCCCCACCCCCCAAAAUUACAAACCCAUAAUGAAGCAACAACCAAAAGCACUCCUUCACUGGUUUUGGACAGUGAAAGUAGGAGUAGUGCCAAGUUUCUAGGUUGUAACGUUAGUGGUUUUGCCUAUGCCAUCCCUGUGAACCCUAGAUAGACAUAAACCUUCAGAAAUCUUCUGAAACUCUGCUUUUCAUUUCAGCCAGUGAGGCUGUUACUUUGUCAGUUGGCACUCAUGUGGUUUUAGCCUUCUCUGCUUUGUCGCUCUUGUUUUCAUUUAAGUAUUGCCCCACUAUGCAGGUUUAUUGCCUUGCCAUUUCUCUAGCAUAUCAGGUUUAAUUAUGUGCUCAGUAAUAAUGAGGGAACUAGCUUCCCUCGGGCAACUAAUUACUUUUGUUCUUUUUGGUUGGAUUGUACCAAAUUAUUUUGCAUUGACUGAGAACAUUUUUGUAGGGAAUCCAGAUAUAGUUGUAUUGGUUUGGAAAAACAUUUAAAUACCCUUAUUAAUGUGAACAUGUGUGAUUAAACAAGCUAUUUUGCAUGAUUUAUAAUUUUGAGGAGUGGGCUGGGGAUAGGGAGAAAAUAGCAUCAUUUAAAAUUCAGGGCUCAUUUGGAGUUGCAUUUCAAGGUUAGCACAUGCACCAAGGAAGGAGUUGAUUUAAAAAGAUAAAUUACUGAAAAGAAUGAGAUUGGUCUGUUCACAUCAAAAGUAGAUAAGAAAUUACAAAAAAAAAAAAAAAGAUACAAAGCAGAACUAACUUGUCAUUUUCUGAAGUCAGUUCUCUGUUUAUAAGAAGCUGAAAAGUAAUGAACCUUGAUUGUUUUAGAAAUGAUUUAUGUGUUGCAAUUUUAAUUUAUUUAAAGCAUGUCUGCUGUGUUUGUCCUAAGAGAAUAUUUCAACAAAACGUGCUCUGUGUUUAAGAUAUGUUUAGGUAGUAGUUAGCGGCUCUGAAAGUAGCAACUGGAAAUGUUUCUUGUGAGGUCUGUUGCACAGUUUCCAUUUUGUGAGAUACUACGUAGUUUCAUGUCAGCCUAAAAUUGUAAAUUCUCUGUAGAUCUUCACCCCAUGGUGAUAUCAUCAAUGAACUCAAAGCGGGUGCCAUUAUUUUUUUAAACGAACACUUGAUGUUAGCUUUGGUGUUAAAUAAAGAGUUAGAUUUCUUAAAUUUUCA